AUGCAGGAGCUCAGGGAAGCAAAUAAGUUAGAAAGCGUAUUACUCUCCCUGAGAAGUCUACAAAUCACGGAGGGGAUGAUGAAUACAACGCUGGUGUUGAUUAAACCGCACGCGUGCCGAGAAAAAUUCCUUGACGUUGCGCGUGAACACUUUGACCAAUAUGGAGUUCGCACGGAUGACACGAUGCUUUUGUCUGGUUCUCAGGUUGAGCGCGGGGCCUACGUGGAGCGCCACUACAGCUCGGUGCAUGCUCUGGCUGUAUGCUCCUUGGAGGACCUGAGUGCAUUUGUGUCGGAAGAAACUGCGUCUCUUUUUUUCUCGGCAUUCGGUGAGCUGUGGGAUGCUGCAGUGGAGGAGCGGCGGGUGAUGACACCUGACGAUGCCAUGACAAUUCUUGGCCUCUCCCCAGAAGAGUUAAAUGCGCGGUGGUGUGCCUCGAAGUCAUGUGCCCGGCUUGAGUACGGUUUUUAUGUCUCUUAUUUGGAGGAGGAGCGGGUGUAUGUAGUCAACGGCUUCUACCCAAGUCUGCUGGGUUCCUUCACCGCAACCGAUAGUCAAACGUGCCUUUUUGUUCUUUCUUGGCCGGAGUCGAUGUACACGUGGAAGCAAUUCAACCUGGAGGUUCUUGGAGCGGCGAACCCCAGCGAGGCGGCGCCGACGUCUCUGCGUCGUUUGUUGUUUGAAAACUGGAGGGAAUAUGGACUGAGUGAGCAGCCGAGCCUGAUGCAUAACGGCCUGGACGCCUCCAGCGGGCCACUCGAGGCGCUGGCACAUCGCUCUGUGUGGAUGCAUCGGCGAGCCACGGAGGACGAUUUUGGACGAGCGCUUCUUCAAGAGGGGGUUUCACUUGAGUUUUUGGAACAGUUGUUGAAGAACCCCACCAUAACGUACGGUGGGGAGACCCGACCGAUUUUUGAGCUUCUGGAGGACUUGCAGAGCAGCGAGGUGAUACACCACUUGGCGGUUUUGUACGCCGCGGAGAAGUUAAAAAGAACGAACCAGGCGUCCGUUGGAUUCGGCACGAGCAACACCAUCUCGGGUGCCGCGGAAUGGACCAUUGUGCUUGACGAUGAGGAUGCUGAAGAGAGACGCAACAGAGCCUUAGUUUUUGUAAAACCGCAUGCCAACACACCUGAAACAAGGGCACUUGUGGAGGAGCGUCUCAUGCAAACCCGUGGAAUGCAAAUCGUCAGUCAACGUCACGUUUUUGGCGGUGAAAUUGCGGCACAGCAGUUGAUGUACAAACACUACCGAACCAUAGCCCGUUACGCCGUCAAGGUUUCGCCGAUGUCUAUUAAUGUAAGCACGCAGAACAGAGCCCUUUUUAAGGAAGUGUUUGGUAUUGCUUGGAAAGAAGCAGUUUGUUCUGGUCGUGUCUGGAAUGCUGAAACAGCCAUACACACUCUUGGUGAAAUCUCCGCCGUUGAGCUUUACGGGAUGUGGGGUUCAUGUACGAAGACAAUGAAAAUUGCCUCAGGAGCGUACGUGGCUCAAUUUUUAAAUGAAAAGGUUUUUGUGAUCAACGGGUUUUACCCUUAUCUGCGCGAUACGUACGGCGCUCAAGAUGCAAAGGUGACAUGCUACCUUGUUUCCUGGCCAGAGGCGUGCAUGACAUGGCGUGCGUUCCGUGAGGAGUUGAUUGGAAGCACAAAUCCCGGCAACGCACCUCCCAACAGCCUGCGCGGUCUCAUACGAGACCGGUGGCAAGAAUUGGGCCUGCAAUACCCGCCGACGACAACCGAUAACGGGGUUCACGCAUCUGCAGGGCCGUUUGAGGCGCUGCUGGAACGCCAUCUAUGGAUGCACUUACCACUCUCCCAUGAUCCUCUCACGCUGCGACUGCAGGAAUGCGGCCUAACAGGGGCUCUGUUGUACCGAUGGGCUUCCAACCCAGAGGUAAUGCUGCGCGGGAAGAAGCUCUCCGGGUGUGUGUUUGACCUCCUGGAAAACAUGCAAACCUCCGAGAUGGUGGACAUCAUGCGCGAGGCGGAGCAACAGACAAUGGCAUUGUACAAGGAAACGCCGAUGAAUCGUGCGGUGUUGAUUCUUAAGCCCUUUGCUGUGAACGAGCGCACAAUUGCGGCGGUAAAAAAAACUCUCGAGUCGGUAGGUCUGCUGGUGACGCGGGAGAUGUCCGUUUUUAGUGCUCGCAUUGUGAAGUGCUAUCUGAACUCUGCUGCGUUUUGCGCCGCGACUCGCCUUGCCGAAAUCAAUUCUUCGACUCCUCAAGAAGUUGUCAGCCCUGCCAUCAAGGACCGCUUUUGUGAGAUCUUUCACUCAACAUGGGAUUAUUGUGUGGUUGACGGAAGUCUGAUGGGUGCCACGACUGCAUGCGAGAAUUUGGGUCUCACUCCAAAAGAGCUCUUGCAGCUGUGGGAGGCGUCGAGCCCCAAGAAAGUUGGACGGGCGUGCUACAUAGCAUUCUUGAAGGCUCAAGGCGUUUUUGUCAUCAAUGGGUUUGUUCCCUUUACCCGGGAGUGCUACGGAAGGCCUGGUAGCCGAGUUUAUUUAUUUGAGUUGGAGUGGAAGGAAAGCGCAUGGACAUGGAGAGACUUUUGCGAGGUUUUGAUUGGAGAUUCUUCCAGUCCACAGAACGCUGCUCAGGGCAGCCUGCAUCGUACCUUUGCAGACGAAUGGUCGAAAUUUGGUCUGCAGCAGCAGCCAGUGUCCAGGGCGACGAGUGCGCUCUACGCGUCGGAGGGACCGUUGGAGGCUGCUGCCGACCGCGAGAUGUGGCUGGAUGUGGAUUUGCCGGAGGACUCGUUUGUACAGCAUCUGUUGCUCGACGGUGUGCCACUCUCAUUGUUGCUCCCGUACGUGCGUAACGAACAUCAUGGCGGCUCCGUUUCGCAAGGCCCCCAGCAGCAAGAGCAUGAGGGAAAUGGUUUACUAGCUGGUGCUAUACCUGAAUACACACGGAGCAUGUUGUCGAAGCAUCAGCAGAGCAGUGAGGUAGUUCGCCGGAUGAAGGCGCUCACUUCGCGUUUCCUGCGAGCCAUAAAAAUGAAUUAUGCAUUUAUUUGGGUUAAACCACAUGCAGGCACCCCGGAGGUGUUGAAAUGGAUCCCAUCCGCCCUGCAAGAGCACCGUCUCGAAGUUGUCGCCUCCGGACACCUGAUGAUGGAAGAGGUAAUUGAAAAACAUCUUGUUGAUCAGCAGUAUAAUGCCCUUUAUCGCAACGCCAUGGGGCGGAGUGCGGCGGAGGUGCCUAUCUCUGCUAAGCAAAAGGUGGAAUUUGAGCGCACCUUUGGCAUCACUUGGAGCACCGCUCUAAAACUCCACAUGAUCAUCAACGCUGCAGCAGCUGAGGAAAUAAUGGGCGUUGUCGAAUUGUUGGAGGCUUGGAACAGGGCCACUCGCAAGGUCUGUCUUUCCGCUGAUCUUUAUGUGGCCUACCUCGAAGUGGAAGGCCUCUAUGUUAUCAAUGGGUUCUACCCCUACCUCCGUUCCCGCAUGUAUACCGGAUCCCGCAUCUAUUGGUAUGUGGUGAUGUGGGAUGGGGAGAUCAUGACAUGGGAUGAAUUCCAGAGGUAUGUUAUUGGUGGAGACGUUCCGGCCACGGCGGAGUCGGCCUCUCUGCGAAACUUGCUGUGGGCAUCGUGGGUAGAGUUGGGUCUGCCUCAGCAGCCUGACGGUGUUGACAACGGGUUUCAUGCCUCCGCUUCUCCAAUAGAGGGACUUGCAGAUCGCGUCGCAUGGCUUGGGACGAGUGUGGAGGACGAUGUCUUCGGACGGCUUCUCAUUCAGGGAGGGGUGAGCGCCGAGUACCUGCGCACUCUUUUGCGGAAUCCAUUGGUGCGCCACCGCGACGAGCCUGUAGACGCUGUGGGUGAUGUUUUUGAGAAGCUCUGCACGGAGAAUCCCCUUUUGAUUGCACAACUUGUUGGACUUCAGUCGACUGGCGGCAUGCAUCUCAUAUCUAAUCGCGCCUGCUCCGGUGCGGCAUUCUCUCGACCGCCCCUUUCCAGACAAGGGACACCCAUUGAGAAGACCAGCACGAAUAAGAACACCAACGAACCGGCGGUAGAGAUGGUGUGGCAAACUAAUGAAGCUGCAGGUGUCGUCUCUCCUCCUUCUCCUCCUGCCGCUGCCACCGCCACCAAGACACCCAGGCGCAACUAUGCGUUUCUCCUUGUAAAUCCCAAAUGUUUGUCUACUGAGGGAGAAGAGCUUACAACGGCUUACAUCACGGACUUUCUGCAGCGCCACAAGAUACGGGUUGAGGCAGGGGGAAGGGUAAGGGCCAUUGCGCCAGCACUGCGACAUGUGUGGGAAGAACUUCAAGCCGAUACUUUUAGAUACGCCGUGAAGCAGACACCUUCUCAAUAUGCUAUUGGCGGGGAUGCAAUUUCUGCUUUUGAAGCUGCCUUUGGCGAGAGCUGGGAUCCUGAAAAAAUUUGGAAUGCUCUGGAUACCGCUUUGGAGUUUAAUUUGUCUGCGCUGCGCCUGAAAGAAUUGUGGGAUGGCUGUGCACUGCGAAAACGAAUAGCACCUUUUCUCUACAUUGGGAAGAUGCGAGAUCGUGGUUUGUACCUUGUCAAUGGAUUUGCUCUCCACAGCACAGAGGUGUUUAACUUGUCAUCUACCAUAAAACGGUAUUUCUUGCUUUCAUGGGACGAUGCCGACGCUGACUACGCUCAAUAUCUACGUCAUUUCAUUGGCGAUUCAUAUGUGGAGCAGGCAGAGCCUGGCAGUCUGCAACGGCUGCUUUGCGAUGAUUGGAAAAACGCUGGACUAAAAUGCCCGCCUGAUCCUUUUGAAGGGGCUGUAAUGACAUCUACAAGUUCCCUGGAGGCCAUACAGCAGCGACAGCUGUGGCUCUCGUUGGGUUUGUUGCGAGAUCCAGUGGGCUGCUUUGCGGUGAGGCAGUUGGACGUUUCACCCUAUGUGUUGCGCUGGGCUGUGAGCAACCCCCGCUCAAGGCGAGGCGACGGGCUCUACUUGUUUGAGACAGUGCGUGGACAAGGCUCGGCGGAUGCACUGCAGCUACUUAAGGCUGAAGACACACGGCAUCGUGCUGCGCCACUACGCAACUCUGCUUUUGUGCUUGUUAAGAGUCACGCCCUGUGCCGUUCUUUUGCCAUGACAAUUGAGAUGGUGCUUUCAAAUGCAAAUGUGCGUAUCGAUGAAGAGGGGGAUUUAAGCGGUUUAGUUGUACGUGGGAGGGGACUUGUGCAGCACUUGUAUGCCACCGCAUCCAGGUAUGCGGUGCGUGAGGUAUCAACCAUCCGUUUGACCGAGGUGGAACGUGAGAGGGUGCGUCGGGAGCUUGGCGCUGAUUGGAAGGAGCUUCUGCGUGGGGGCGUCAUUGUGAACGCGUACCAGGCCCUGGAGGUGCUUGGUGGUGUUACGCCGCAGUAUCUUUACGGCUGUUGGAAAAGAUCCAGUCGGAAGUUAGUCAUUCGCCCGAAUUUUGUCGUUGCGGAGCUUUCGGAGUAUGGCAUCUUCGUUGUGAAUGGCUUCUUCCCGGAGUUGAAGAAUUCCCUUGAGUCCACCACCGCUCUGCUUCAUUGGUAUGUCGUCUCAUGGUGUGAAGAGGAGAUGAGUUGGCCCGCCUUUCUUGAUCAGGUCAUUGGGGAUGAUUGCCCGAGCGUCGCGGUGCCGCAAAGCAUUCGUGGACAGCUUUUUCAACGAUGGAGAGAGUACGGCCUUUCCAUGGAGCCGGAUUUACUGCACAACGGCAUCCAUGUAAGCGAGGGUGCGCUUCAGGCAAUGCGAGAUCGCACCAAAUCCCUUAACUGUCCGUUGAGCGAGGACUAUCUUGGCGAUGCGAUGUUACGCCACGGUGUGCCGGAGAGGAUUCUGCGUGUGUGGCUUGACAAUCCCGACGUCACUUCAGGCGGAGUUGAGGCAGGCGUGUUUGAACAUCUGCGGCACUGCGACACCUCGCGCCUGUUGAUGUUGCUGACUGCGCUUACAGAGGAGUUGCGCUGCGAGGAAAGCGACGGGACGACAGUACAGGCAGCCCGUAUUCCACUCGUAGAGAACAACGACGGCCUCACUGCACCACUUCAAGACGGCUCACAGGAGGGCCACACACGGGGAAUCGAAAACGACAACAACAAGAACGAGUCGGUCUUGGGAAAAUUUUUGGAUGAAGCGGAAGGGGCGCUUCUUUUUCGAAACACCGCCGUGAUUAUUUUGAAACCACACGCCUCCGAAAAUCUUGGAGUCAUGGCGCUGCUGGAGCGCAUCCUUACUGGAAACAACAUUCGCGUAAGACGGGAGCUCCGCAAGCGAAUUAAUCCCCGAAUAGUAGAUCAGCAUUUCUCUUCACCCAUGUACUACGCCAUGCAGAAGUACCACACGGCAUUCCCAGAGGUAACAGAGGAGGGUCGAGUGCGUUUCUACGAGGCCUUUGGAGAAGAGUGGGAGCACGCAAUCGCCUCUCAGCGUGUGAUGGGUGCCUUCAACGCCCUCAAGCUUUUUUCAAUGACCCCAUCCCAACUCUAUGUGAAGUGGUCACUGUCAGAACAAGGGCACGUGCAACUUGCCUUUGAUAUGGAGGUGGUGAAGUUCUAUGCGGAAGGUGUUUAUGUCGUCAAUGCAACUAUUCCUUUGGAGCGCGAAAGGAUGAUUCAGGUGGGGCAGGUUACGCAGGAUGUCCACUGCUAUUUGGUGAGUUGGGACCAGCGAGAGUGCAGUUGGCAGAAGUUUCUUUAUGAGGUUAUUGGCAAUACGGAUCCGGCUACUGCCGCAGAGAUUUCGUUGCGUGGUCAACUUUACAAUGACUGGGAGAAAUUUGGCCUACCAUCCAGGCCCAACCGCAUCGACAAUAUUGUUCUGGCAAGCUCUGGACCACUGCAGGCAUUCAUGGAGCGCGAGCUUUGGUGCAGUACGGCCGAUUUGGUUCCUGAUCCACUUGUUCGAGCCCUCUGUUAUGUCGACUAUGACUCCAGCCAACUAUUCGAAUGGAAGGAAAAUCCUCUAGUGCAAUACACAGGCAAAAAGCUGGGCAAACAUUCUGUGGCGAUGCGCAUGUUUGGUUUUACUCAUGAAAUGGACACAAGAGAGUUUCUCGAACUCAUGGCUGAGCAUGAUGGCUUUUUUGUUCCCACUGUCCCCCCGUGUGAGAUGGAGGAUGCGCAAGACCAGUCGUACGAGUCAUUCGAGAUGAAGGCUGACAGAACUGUAAAGAGGUCUGGAAAGAGGCAGGCCCAUCGUUCGGCCAAAACAUUGCCCUUCCGCAUGAGGGACGAGAGAUCGGUGGACUGGCUGCAGGAGGCGCUGUUGAAGGCGGACGAGGACGAUGUGGUGCGUCUGUGGGAAUAUUAUGGUGGCAUUGCAGAUCGAGAGGAGGAGGAGGAGGAGGAGGAGGGAGCAGCUGGUGCGUAUGCCGAUGAGUUGUUCUCCACCACGGGUCUGCAUCGAAGGCUGCGGGGGACGAUUAACGGUGAGGCCUUCCGGCGGGAUAUUGAGGCGCUGGAUUGCUUUGGGCUUCCGCUCUCCAGGUACAAGGUGAAAAAACUGUUUGAGGGCAUGGCGUGGCGUGGGGAUGGACGCAUAACACACGAGGAGUUCCGCGUGGCGAUGGCGGUACUGCAGCAGAUGUAG